GCACAGGGCUGGCCCCGGAGGCGGCAGGCGGGAGAGUGCCUGCCUCUCUCAGCCAUUCCCCGAGCAGGGCUGAGCGCAGGGGCUCGCUGGAGCUCGGGGUUUCGGCUACACGCCGCUUCGCUUCGCUUCCCCGGCGCGCCCGACUGCGCCCCUGCCGGCUGCGGGCGGCGCUGCCCGGCCCCUGCACGCCGGGAGGGAGCGCGAGGGGCUCGCGGCUGCCGGAGACCUGCUGCCGCGGCCGGGCGGCUCCCACAGCAGCCGGGAUUAGCAGCAGCCGGGGGGCCCCCGCCGUUCAGCUUUCAGCGCGGCGGGGCGGAGGGCGGCGCUGCGAGUGCCUGAGCGAGGAGCGGCGAGCAGCUGUGCUGCCCUGCAUCCCUCCCCACGCCGCCGCUCGAGCAGCAGCCCCAGACUCUCGUGCCCCCUCCUCCAAACAUGGAUUUAUUCUUCCUGAGGUUCCUCGCGGUGGCCUGGCUUCACCUGGAGGCUGCGGCGGAGUUUGACGGAAGGUGGCCCAGACAAAUAGUCUCCUCUAUGGGAUUGUGUCGGUUUGGAAGUAGAGUUGAUUGCUGCUGGGGCUGGGCCCGUCAGUCAUGGGGGCAAUGCCAACCUUUCUACGUCUUAAGGCAGAGAAUAGCCAGAAUAAGGUGCCAGCUCAAAGCUAUAUGUCAGCCUAGAUGCAAACAUGGUGAAUGUAUUGGACCAAACAAAUGCAAAUGUCUCCCAGGGUAUACUGGAAAAACCUGCAACCAAGCUGAGCACCUGUAUACAAGCCCAACUGAUCGGCACAGUGAACCACCUCUAUUUCGCCCCCUGGAUCAUCAUGCAACAAAUGUGCCUUCAAGGGAUCUAAACGAGUGUGGAUUAAAGCCUCGGCCAUGCAAACAUCGAUGCAUGAAUACCUACGGUAGCUACAAAUGCUAUUGUCUGAAUGGAUACAUGCUUAUGCCAGAUGGAUCAUGUUCUAAUGCUCUUUCUUGUUCAAUGGCAAACUGCCAGUACGGCUGUGAUGUCGUGAAAGGAGAGGUACGCUGCCACUGUCCUUCUCCAGGCUUGCAGCUAGGGCCUGAUGGUAGAACCUGCAUAGACGUUGAUGAAUGUGCGACUGGGAGAGUUGUCUGUCCCAGAUUUAGGAAAUGUGUUAAUACUUUUGGAAGCUAUAUCUGCAAGUGUCAUAAAGGCUUCGACCUGAUGUACAUUGGAGGCAAAUACCAGUGCCACGAUAUAGAUGAAUGCUCAAUUGGCCAGUAUCAGUGUGGCAGCUUUUCACGAUGUUACAAUACCCAGGGAACCUACAAGUGUAAAUGUAAAGAAGGAUACAGAGGCGAUGGAAUAAACUGCCUGCCUAUUCCUAAAGUUAUGAUUGAACCAUCUCGUCCAAAUAAUAUAUUCAAGGGCAAUACUACACUACCGAAGGGCAGCAGCGGUAUGACCAAUAGGAUUCCUGACAUCGGAGGUACAAGACAGCCCCUGAGACCACCACAUAUACCAGCUGUUAUUACAGUAAGGCCUGCACCCAAGCCAACAGUACAACCUACACCAAAACCAACAAUAUGGCGUACACCCAAGCCAACUACUAGGUUUGUACCAAAACCGAUGACAACAAGACCACCACUGAAGCCAGCAACAAGGCCUCCAACACCUCCACAACCUACAACAUCAAAACCUACACCAACAGCAAGAUCCCCACAGUUAACAACUAAAGAUUCUUCUCUUGUUCCCACUGAAACUACCUCUCCCCAAGGAUUUACAGUUGACAACAGAAUACAAAUAGAACCUCAGAAACCACGAGGGGAUGUGUUUAUUCCACGACAGCCUGGAGUGAGCAAUAAUCUGUUUGAAAUAUUUGAAAUUGAAAGAGGGAUUAGUGCAGAUGAGGAUGAAGCAAACGAUGAUCCAGGUAUCCUGGUGCACAGCUGUAACUUCGAUAGUGGUCUGUGUGGAUGGAUCAAAGAUAAAGAUGAUGAUUUGCACUGGGAACCACUUAGAGAUCCAUCAGGUGGACAGUAUGUGACUAUCUCUGAACCCAAAGGCAAAGAGGGAAAAGUGGCACGUCUGGUCUUGCCACUUGGCCAGUUAGCUCAUUCAGGGGACUUGUGUCUGUCCUUUAGGCAUAAGGUAUCUGGACUACAUUCUGGUCUACUCCAAGUGUUUUUAAGAAAAAAUGGUGCUCAUGGACCAGCAGUUUGGGGAAGAAAUGGUGGCCAUGGCUGGAGACAAACACAAAUAACUUUGCAGGACUCAGGCAUCAAAAGUGUUAUUUUCAAAGGUGAAAAAGGGAAAGGCAGAACCGGGGACAUUGGAUUAGAUGAUGUGAGCUUGAGGAAAGGCCGCUGCUCUGAAGAACAUUAGCAACACCACUAGACUGGCAAAGAAUAUAUACAAUUUCUCUUUCCUUUUAAUCCUAUUCCUAUCAAGUUAAAAGAAACCUGUGGGCCCAAGUGGAAAGUAUGGACAGUGAUCACCUCAUUAGCCCAGUGAAACUCUACUUAAAAUAAUGCAAAUUGUCUGUAAGGAUGCAAACUUCAAGCCAAUAUUGGGUGUUUUUACUAUUAUUCCUUGUCCACAUACUUUGUGUGUGAUAAAGGUAUCUUGUACCAUGCCUGAAAAAUGCUCAUAUUAAAUGGGCAGGGAGGGGAUGGGAGAGCAAGUGUGGCUAAAUGUCAUCAGAAGAGAUCUCCAGCUCACAGUGGUAGUAUUAACUGUUGUUGUGUGUUUUGCCAUAGUGGUACCAUUACACUGAUGAUGAUGAUAUGCUGUGCGAUUUGUCUGACUUCAUAAUUUGAAGUUAACUGAGGCCUGGACCUGAACUUUUGGCUAUUUUACUGCCAUUGACUUUUAAAGAACGGCGUGUUACAUAUCAAAUAGCAUUUAUUCUGAUGUAUCUAUAGUAACAAAAGGCAGUUAUGUAGAGUAGGUGCUGCAUCCCUUAAUAUUGCUAGUACUGUGUUGUGUAAAUGUGUGUGGUUACUAAUGUAUUUAUGUUUCUUAUAUUUAGAUUCCAGUUGCAAGGUAAAUGGCAGCUGUGCUUUCAAGCUAAAAUACAGUAUAUGAGCUCGGUGUGUUCUUUGACCCUGUGCUGGUGACCACUGAUAAAUUAGCAGUGUCCUGACAUUUUCUAUCUUUUGGCCCUAAAUACUAGUGAUUUUUUUCAUGAGGUUAUGAUUGAAAACAAAGGGCCAGAUCCUCAGCUGGUGUAGUGGUGUGUAACUCAAUGGGUUGCCAUGGUCCUAAAUUAGUUUAUACCAGCUGAUUAGCAAGAUGCUGCCUACUAUUAACUCCCAUUGAUCUCUCUGGGAGUGUAGGAUGCUGAGCACUGCCAAGGAGGUGCUUUUGCAUUCUGCAGCAUUGAACUUGUUGAAGUCAGUGGCAGUUUUGCAAUUGACAAUAGGAUGGGCCACACUCCCUGCUGAUAGUAAUUAUUACAACCCAUCUCAGCAGUACAAGUGAGUCAGUUGCUCUAAUGCAUUGAAAUAUAACUGACCAUUGAAUCUUGCAUCUGUACAAGGUCCUUGCCAGACUGCUCAGAAAACUACAACAACAACAUUUAGAGCUAAAAUGUUAGUUCUAGAUGGAAUUAGUAUUUGUCAGACUAUUGGGCUUUUUCUUUUAGUCAUCCAUUUUGGAUGUGGUAAAUGUACAACUCCAUGGAGAAAUGUUGAAUUUCUCCACUUGGCUUGUCUAGCCUUUUUUAAAUGAAAAAGCUUUAAUAUUAGCAAUGAGAUCAGUUUUAAAUUUGACAAAUUUAUAUUUAUAUUAGAAGCAAACUAAUAGAUUGUUGUUCUAGGGAGACAACCUUAAAAUUUCAAAUAAGGUACAGCCAGACGACAAAAAGCUUUAUGACCUUUUUAAAAUAAUUAAAUGUAAAUUACUAAUGUAAGAGCAAUGUAUCAUUAUGUACGAUCUUAUAAAAGUUAUUUCUGGUUUCAACAAAAA